CUCAGAGUGACCCGGAGGUAGAAGCGAGGCCUGCUGUUUUCUCACCGCAGCCUCCUUCCUGUAGCCCGGUUGAGGAAGUGAAUUUCGCUGACAGGGCUGGGUUCAGUGAGGGAGAGGCGAAUAAAACAUCUUCCACUGGGGGAACUAAAACAAAUAAAACGAAAAGAUUAAAAGUCGUGAGGAGCCAGGUGUAUAACCACAGCGAAGCUAAGGCGUACAGCCGUUGGUGAAACCGUUCCCCGCAGAGACCGUCGCAGACAUGAACGAUCAACAGUUGGACUGUGCUCUGGACCUGAUGAGGCGUCUGCCUCCUCAGCAGAUCGAGAAGAACCUCAGUGACCUCAUUGACCUGGUGCCCAGUCUGUGCGAGGACCUCCUCUCCUCAGUGGACCAGCCCCUGAAGAUCGCCCGCGACAAAGUGGUGGGGAAAGACUACCUGCUCUGUGAUUACAAUCGAGACGGCGACUCCUACAGAUCCCCGUGGAGUAAUAAGUAUGAACCUCCCAUUGAAGAUGGUGCGAUGCCUUCAGCUCGGUUGAGGAAACUUGAAGUGGAAGCAAACAACGCCUUCGAUCAGUACAGGGACCUGUACUUUGAGGGUGGCGUGUCCUCUGUGUAUCUCUGGGACUUGGAUCAUGGCUUCGCAGGAGUUAUUCUCAUCAAAAAGGCCGGCGAUGGAUCCAAGAAGAUUAAAGGAUGCUGGGACUCCAUUCAUGUGGUGGAGGUGCAGGAGAAGUCUAGCGGUCGCACUGCUCACUACAAACUCACCUCCACCGUCAUGCUGUGGCUCCAGACAACCAAGACCGGCUCUGGCACCAUGAACCUGGGAGGCAGCCUUACAAGACAGAUGGAGAAAGACGAGACAGUCGGGGAGUCCUCACCUCAUAUCGCCAACAUCGGCCGCCUUGUUGAAGACAUGGAGAACAAGAUUCGCUCCACACUGAAUGAAAUCUACUUUGGGAAGACCAAGGAUAUCGUUAACGGCUUAAGGAGUGUUCAGAGUCAGGCUGACAAGCAACAGAAGGAGGCUCUGAAGGCCGACUUAGUGAAGGCCCUCAAAAGCAAACAUAACGGCUAGAGAAGCUACUGUCGGUUCUCCUCUUCUCCCUUUCCAUCUCUCCACCUCAACUCUGCCGUCUUUUCUUUCUGUCUCUCCCUCCGUACCCUUUUCAGUGCUGCACUCUUUUUAUUUGUUGAAAACAAAAAAGGAAAAAAUGCUUUGCUUUGUAUGGUUUUUUUUUUUUUGUUGUUUUGUUUUUUUCCUCCGUCUUACGUUUUUUCAUCUGCCAUUAAGCCAUUCGGUCUCACUCCGUUUCUCUCCGUCUCCCAUGUUGUUGAUAGUAUUACCACGGUUAAUGAUAAUCCUACAGUGUGUAGUAAUUAUCCCUGGUUCAAAGAAAACAGGAGCGACUCUGGACUCGGACACAGACUGAGCUGUAGUUGCUGUAGGCUUGGCGGCGGUUUUGUUUUACUCAUCGGAUUUAUCUCCUGCACCUAUUUUGUCUACGACUCCCUCCCCGAUAUAUUUGUAUAGAGUAUAACUGUCCACAUAUAUCUAUCGGCCUUCUAAGGGAUGUAAACAUGAGGGCGUCCUUUCUUUCUGCACAACCAGGUUUUGACUUUGUUUUCCUCUUUCUGCAUGCAUGUGAGCCUGUGUGGGAUCAUGGGGAUGGACUGUUAUAAUCACCCUGGACACAACACCCCACCCCAAACAUGCACACAGACAAACAUCACAGUUACUUCCCCCUCUACUCUUCUUCUCUCUCUUCAUCUUCUGAUUUUUGUUUGGGGGUCACAGUUUGUCUUUGUGUCUCAAAGGAAACAUUUGUUUCCAUUUUGGAGGGGAAUCUUUUGUUCUUUUUUUUUUUUUUUUUGGUUUUGUCUUUUGUAAAGCUUAUGAUUCAUAUUGUAUUAGAGCCUCCAGCAACAAUAAAAACUGUAAAAGCUA